AUGGGGGACGUGCUGUCCACGCACCUGGAUGACGCCCGGCGUCAGCACAUCGCAGAGAAGACUGGGAAGAUCCUGACGGAGUUCCUCCGAUUCUACGAGGACCAGUAUGGCGUGGCCCUCUUCAACAGCAUGCGACACGAGAUCGAGGCCACUGGGUUGCCGCAGGCCCAGCUGCUCUGGCGCAAGGUACCCCUGGAGGAGCGCAUCAUCUUCUCGGGGAACCUCUUCCAGUACCAGGAGGACAACAAGAAGUGGAGGAACCGCUUCAGCCUUGUGCCACACAACUACGGGCUGGUGCUCUACGAGAACAAAGUGGCUUAUGAGCGGCAGAUCCCACCCCGAGCGGUCAUCAACAGUGCGGGCUACAAAAUCCUCACCUCCUUGGACCAGUACCUCGAGCUCGUUGGCAACUCUUUACCAGGGACCACACCAAAAUCGGGCUCCGCCCCCAUCCUCAAGUGCCCCACGCAGUUCCCGCUCAUCCUCUGGCAUCCUUCGGCGCGUCACUACUACUUUUGCAUGAUGACGGAAGCUGAGCAGGACAAGUGGCAGGCCGUCCUGCAGGACUGUGUCCGACACUGCAACAACGGGAUCCCCGAAGACUCCAAGGUGGAGGGCCCCGCGUUCACGGACGCCAUCCGCAUGUACCGCCAGUCCAAGGAGCUGUACGGCACCUGGGAGAUGCUGUGUGGGAACGAGGUGCAGAUCCUGAGUAACCUGGUGAUGGAGGAGCUGGGCCCUGAGCUGAAGGCAGAGCUGGUCCCCCGGCUGAAGGGGAAAUCGCAGGAGCGACAGCGGCAGUGGAUCCAGAUCUCAGAUGCCGUGUACCGCAUGGUGUACGAACAGGCCAAGGCACGCUUUGAGGCGGUGCUGUCCAAGCUGCAGCUGGCCCGGCCGGCCAUGGAGGCAGUCAUCCGCACCGACAUGGACCAGAUCAUCACCUCCAAGGAGCACCUGGCCAGCAAGAUCCGAGCCUCCAUCCUCCCCAAGGCGGAGGUUUGUGUCCGGAACCAUGUCCAGCCCUACAUCCCAUCCAUCCUGGAGGCCCUCAUGGUACCCACCAGCCAGGGCUUCACAGAAGUGCGGGACGUCUUCUUCAAGGAAGUCACUGACAUGAACCUGAAUGUCAUCAACGAGGGUGGCAUCGACAAGCUGGGCGAGUACAUGGAGAAGCUGUCCCAGCUGGCGUACCACCCCCUCAAGAUGCACAGCUGCUACGAGAAGAUGGAGCCGCUGAGGCUUGACGGACUGCAGCAGCGUUUUGACGUGUCCAGCAUGUCUGUGUUCAAGCAGCGAGCCCAGAUCCACAUGCGUGAGCAAAUGGACAACGCUGUGUACACCUUCGAGACCCUCCUGCACCAGGAGCUGGGGAAGGGGCCCACCAAGGAGGAGCUGUGCAAGUCCAUCCAGCGCAUCCUGGAGCGGGUGCUGAAGAAAUACGACUACGACAGCAGCACUGUGCGGAAGCGCUUCUUCCGGGAGGCGCUGCUGCAGAUCACCAUCCCAUUCCUGCUCAAGAAGCUGGCACCCACCUGCAAGUCGGAGCUGUCCCGGUUCCAGGAGCUGAUCUUCGAGGACUUUGCCAGGUUCAUCCUGGUGGAGAACACGUACGAGGAGGUGGUGCUGCAGACGGUCAUGAAGGACAUUCUCCAGGCCGUGAAGGAGGCCGCCGUGCAGAGGAAACACAACCUGUACCGGGACAGCGUGGUCAUGCACAACAGCGACCCCAACCUGCACCUGCUGGCCGAGGGCGCGCCCAUCGACUGGGGCGAGGAGUAUGGAGACAGCGGCGGCGGUGGGGACCCCGGCAUCCAGCAAGCAGCCCCCCUCUCGGAAAAGCGCCGGCGUGCCAAGCAGGUGGUGUCCGUGGUCCAGGACGAGGAGGCGGGGCUGCCCUUCGAGGCCGCCCCUGAACCGCCAUCACCCUCGUCCCCAGACGGCGUCACCGAGCUCCGUGGCCUGCUGGCCGGGGAUCUGCGGGCUGAGAGCCCCCUGCUGGCCGGCCCCCUGCUCAACGGGGCCCCCGUGCAGGAGAGCCCCCAGCCCGGGCUGGCCCCCGAGGCCACCUCGCCGCCCGCCUCACCCCUCCGGCAGCUCCCGUCCGAAAAGCUCGUGGGCCUUGAGCCUCCCAAGCCCAGCGACCAGGAGACCGGCGAGCAGGUGUCUGGCCCAGGCGGCUGCCCCCCCAUCCACACCACCACCGAGGACAGUGCGGGGGUGCAGACCGAGUUCUAA